AUGCAAAUUGGAAAUCAUCCGUCCAAUCACAUCAAAUACCCCUCAAUUAUUGUAGUGAACAAGAAGGUCAUGAGGCAGCCUGCAGAUGAGCACUGUGAAAACUACAGAGGAGUAAAAGCCAUGCCUUUUGUUAUAGGAAAUGAGACAUUUGAGAAGCUUGGGAGUACAGGAACCUCGUCCAACUUACUAGUUUAUCUUACUACUGUCUUCCACAUGAAAAGCAUCACGGCCACAACUCUUGUAAAUAUCUUCAAUGGUACCACCAACAUUGCUACAUUACUAGGAGCAUUCCUCUGUGACACUUACUUUGGUCGUUACAAGACACUGGCAGUUGCUUCCGUAGCCUCUUUUCUGGGGAUGUUGGUAAUAACACUAACAGCUGCAAUCUCAAAGCUUCAUCCACCCCAAUGUCGAAGUGGAACACAGGAUACAUGCUCUGCACCAACACCAUGGCAAAUGACUUCUUUACUGAGUGGCCUGGGACUACUCGUGAUUGGAGGUGGUGGCAUUAGGCCAUGUAACGUGGCUUUUGGUGCUGACCAAUUUAAUCCUCAAACCGAAUCAGGAAGGAAAGGAAUCUCCAGCUUCUUCAAUUGGUACUACUUCACCUCCACUUUUGCCAUGAUGAUAUCCUUGACCAUAGUAGUGUAUGUGCAGUCAGAUAUCAACUGGGCUUGGGGGCUAGCAAUUCCUGCUUUUUUGAUGUUCUGUUCAUGUGUUCUCUUCUUCGCUGGUUCAAGGAUUUAUGUCAAAGUUACACCGGAUGGUAGCCCCUUAACAAGUGCAGUUCAGGUAGUAGUGGCUGCAAUCAAGAAGAGGAAACUCGAGCCACCGGCGCAGCCAUGGUUGUCCCUUUUUAACCAAAUUCCAGCUCGUUCCAUCAACUCCACCCUUCCCUAUACUGAUCAAUUCAGAUUUCUCGACAAUGCUGCAAUCUUAACCACGGAAGACCAAAUUAUGUCAAAUGGAUCAACAACCAAUCCAUGGAGACUUUGCAGCUUGCAACAAGUAGAGGAAGUAAAAUGCUUGUUGCGAGUGAUACCCAUAUGGGCUUCAGCUCUUCUAUAUUAUGUUGCUUUGAUUCAGCAGCAAACCUAUGUAGUCUUCCAGGCCCUCCAAUCCAAUAGAGGCCUUGGCAACACCAGUUUCAAGAUUCCAGCAGCUUCUUACGCCAUCUUCUCCAUGCUUGGUCUGACCAUUUGGAUACCUAUAUAUGAUCGCAUCAUAGUUCCAUGGCUUGCCAAGUUCACAAAGAUAGAAGGUGGAAUCACAAUCCUCCAAAAAAUGGGUAUUGGCAUGGUUCUUGGCAUAGUCACAAUGCUUAUAUCUGGCAUAGUUGAAGAGAGAAGAAGAACUUUGGCAAUCAGUAACCCAAUAGUAGACUCAAGAAGUCAUGCCAAUAUUUCUUCUUUGUCAGCAUUGUGGUUCGUGCCUCAGCUGACGGUAGUAGGAAUUUCUGAGGCAUUUACAAUCAUAGCACAAAUUGAGUUGUAUUACAAGCAAUUCCCAGAAAACAUGAGAAGCAUCGGUGGAUCUUUAUCAUUUGUCGGAGUUGCAGCGUCAAGUUACCUUAGUGGAUUUUUAAUAUCUAUGGUUCACCAAAUAACUAAAAAGAGUGCCUGCGGUGACUGGUUGCCUGAAGAUCUUAACAAGGGAAGGCUGGACCUCUUCUAUUACUUGGUUGCUGCACUGGGAACCAUAAAUAUGGGCUACUUCAUAGUUUGUGCAAAGUGGUACAAAUACAAAGGAAAUGGUGGCACGAGCAGGACUCCAGAAAUUGGCGUGGAAAUAAUCUCGCCGGAAAAACCACUUGUCUAA